UCCGGCGGCGGAGCGCGUCCCAGUGACAGGGCGCGGGAGCCCGGCAGUGGAGGGAGGCAGGGCACGGCACGGCGCAGCCCGCUCCCAUCCGCGCCCGGCGCCGCUCAAUGACCGCGAGCCGAGGGCUGGCAGCGACUCCGCUCUCCCGCCGCGGCGCGCAGCGUGCCUCCAGCCUAGGAGUUUUCCUGAAGCAGCCUUCCCACCAGGAGCACUUUUGGUAGAAAGGGAGCAGGACGAGACCCUGAAAUGACUUACCUCCUAAGACACGACUGAAGGGGACUUACUGGAGUGGAACCGUAGUGGAAUUUGGGUUUGCAGAGGAGUUGCUAACGCUUUUUUUCCCCCCCCUCUUCCCUCCCCCUUUUCUCCCAUCAUUGGAAAUGAACAAAUUGCAUUUGCAAUUCAGAAAGUAGAAAUAUUAAAUUUUCCAUCCCUCAGGAAGCACACAUGUAGUAAUGACAAAGGAUUGCAAAGGAGAGAGUGGCACCAGUUUCCCAGAGAGAUCCCCUUAAAUGGAUUACUAAAUGGGACACUACAGCAGCUAGUUCUGUCCUCUAGCUGCCUAGAUACAUGCACCGAAAAGUUGCUGUUAAUUCCUGAAAUCUAACAUAUUUGGAAGAAAUCAGCUCAUGAGCAAAUGAAUAUCAAAACCGUCAAGAAGGCGUUGUUCUGCAGAACACAAGGGGUGAAGUGCAGAAGUAAAGUCUCCCAGCUGAACUACUAUGAGGUCAGAAGCCUUGCUGCUAUAUUUCACACUGCUACACUUUGCUGGGGCUGGUUUCCCAGAAGAUUCUGAGCCAAUCAGUAUUUCGCAUGGCAACUAUACAAAACAGUAUCCAGUGUUUGUGGGUCACAAGCCGGGACGGAACGCCACGCAGAGGCACAGGCUGGACAUCCAGCUGAUAAUGGUCAUGAACAGAACUCUCUACGUUGCUGCUAGGGACCAUAUUUAUACUGUUGAUAUGGACACAUCACAUACAGAAGAAAUUUAUUUUAGCAAAAAAUUGACAUGGAAAUCUAGACAAGCUGAUGUAGACACAUGCAGAAUGAAGGGAAAACAUAAGGAUGAGUGUCAUAAUUUUAUUAAGGUUCUCCUAAAAAGAAAUGAGGAUACAUUGUUUAUCUGUGGAACAAAUGCCUUCAACCCUUCCUGCAGGAACUACAAGAUGGAUACGCUGGAGUUCCUGGGCGAUGAAUUCAGUGGAAUGGCUAGGUGCCCCUAUGAUGCAAAGCAUGCCAAUGUUGCAUUGUUCGCAGAGGGAAAGCUGUAUUCUGCCACAGUGACCGACUUCCUUGCAAUAGAUGCAGUCAUAUACCGAAGCCUUGGAGAUAGCCCAACCCUGCGGACAGUUAAACAUGACUCAAAAUGGUUGAAAGAACCAUACUUUGUCCAAGCAGUGGACUAUGGCAGCUAUAUUUACUUCUUCUUCCGGGAAAUAGCAGUGGAGUACAACAGCAUGGGAAAGGUAGUUUUCCCAAGGGUGGCUCAGGUUUGCAAAAAUGACAUGGGAGGAUCUCAGAGAGUGCUGGAAAAACAGUGGACUUCCUUUCUCAAGGCUCGUUUGAACUGUUCAGUUCCUGGCGAUUCACACUUUUACUUCAACAUACUGCAGGCGGUUACAGAUGUUAUACAUUUCAAUGGCCGGGAUGUUGUUUUAGCAACCUUCUCCACUCCAUAUAAUAGCAUCCCUGGCUCUGCAGUCUGUGCCUAUGACAUGCUUGACAUUGCCAAUGUAUUUACUGGGAGAUUCAAAGAACAAAAGUCUCCAGAUUCCACAUGGACACCAGUUCCUGAUGAACGAGUGCCCAAGCCCAGGCCAGGUUGCUGUGCUGGCUCUACGUCAUUAGAGAAGUACGUAACCUCUAAUGAGUUCCCAGAUGAUACUCUGAACUUCAUCAAAACGCAUCCACUGAUGGAUGAGGCCGUACCUUCUAUUGUCAAUCGACCUUGGUUCCUGAGAACGAUGGUCAGGUACCGCCUGACCAAAAUUGCUGUAGACUCUGCCGCUGGGCCGUAUCACAACUACACUGUGGUUUUCUUGGGAUCAGAGAAGGGAAUCAUCUUGAAGUUCUUGGCCCGGACAGGAAACAGCGGUUUCCUAAAUGAUAGCCUUUUCCUGGAGGAGAUGAACGUUUACAAUCCCGAGAAGUGCAGUUACGACGGAGUGGAAGACAAGAGGAUUAUGGGUAUGCAGCUUGACAAACAAAGCAGUGCCCUUUAUGUUGCCUUCUCUACCUGUGUUGUAAAGGUUCCCCUGGGACGUUGUGAGCGUCAUGGCAAAUGUAAAAAGGCCUGCAUAGCAUCCAGAGACCCGUACUGUGGCUGGGUGAAGGAGAGUGGGGCAUGCACACAGCUGGUGCUUGGUGCUAAACUGGCAUUUGAACAGGACAUAGAACAUGGCAAUACAGAUGGCCUGGGUGACUGCCAAAAUUCCUUCGUAGCCCUGAAUGACAUUUCAACUGCUUCACCUGAUCAUGAAAUGUCUUACAACACAGUGUAUGGACACUCCAGUUCACUAGUUCCAAGCACCACCACUUCUGACUCUCGCGCUCGACAGGGUUAUGAUACUAGGGGACGCAUGCUGGAUUGGAAGGAUCCGAUUGGCUCAUCUGAAAAUACAGAUCCAUAUGUGGCAGUUUCAUCCCAUAACCAUCAAGACAAGAAGGGAGUGAUUCGUGAGAGUUAUCUGAAGGGUCAUGAUCAGCUGGUGCCGGUCACCCUGUUGGCCAUUGCAGUUAUUCUUGCUUUUGUCAUGGGGGCCAUCUUUUCGGGAAUCAUAGUGUACUGCAUCUGUGACCAUCGCCGCAGAGACGUGGCUGUUGUGCAGAGGAAGGAGAAGGAGCUGACCCACUCCCGCCGCGGCUCCAUGAGCAGUGUUACCAAGCUCAGUGGCCUCUUUGGAGAUGCUCAGUCCAAGGAGCCAAAGCCUGAAGCUAUCCUCACACCUCUGAUGCACAAUGGCAAACUGGCUACUCCAGGCAGCACUGCCAAAAUGUUAAUCAAAGCCGACCAACACCAUCUGGACUUGGCCGCCCUGCCAACCCCUGAGUCUACUCCAACCCUGCAACAGAAGAGGAAGCCCAACCGUGGCAGCAGGGAAUGGGAAAGAAACCAGAACCUCAUCAACGCCUGCACAAAAGAUAUUCCCCCAAUGGCCUCACCUGUGAUCCCGACUGACCUGCCACUCAGGGCUUCUCCUAGCCACAUUCCCAGUGUGGUGGUCCUGCCCAUUUCCCAGCAAGGCUACCAGCACGAAUAUGUUGAUCAGCCGAAAAUGAGUGAUGUGGCUCAGAUGGCUGUGGAGGACCAGAACGCCACCCUUGAGUACAAAACCAUCAAGGACCAUCUCAGUAGCAAAAGCCCGAACCAUGGGGUUAACCUGGUGGAAAAUCUCGACAGCAUGCCACCAAAAGUACCCCAACGGGAAGCUUCCCUGGGGCCCCCAAGCACCUCUCUGUCUCAGAGUGGGCUGAGCAAGCGGCUGGAAAUGCACUCCUCUGCUUACAGUGUGGACUACAAGAGAAACUACCCUACGAACUCGCUCACGAGAAGUCACCAGACGUCGACUCUCAAAAGAAAUAAUACUAACUCCUCUAAUUCGUCCCAUCUCUCCCGAAAUCAGAGCUUCGGCAGGGGCGACAACCCCCCGCCUGCCCCGCAGCGAGUGGACUCUAUACAAGUCCACGCUGCUCAGGCACAGGCCGUGACUGUAUCUAGACAGCCUAGUCUCACUGCAUACAACUCGCUGACGAGGUCGGGGUUGAAACGUACGCCCUCGCUAAAGCCAGACGUACCUCCCAAACCUUCCUUUGCCCCGCUCUCCACAUCCAUGAAGCCCAAUGAUGCAUGUACAUAAUCACAGUGGGGUGUGGGGGGGGAGAACAGCAAUUAAGCAGAGGUUGCCCUUGAAAGCCAGUGUUCUGCAACUGUAUCGCUCACACCUCUGAGAAGAUGGUUGUGCUAAGCUGAGGAUGUGUUGAUUCUGCUCUCUGGGAAAAGUGGAAUAUUUUUUUAAACCCGAGCCAUAUGAUCCGUGGUUAGAGGUUUGCAAUUGCAGGACUCGCCCCCACAACCCGCCAGUUCUUUGCUCAAAAGACUAACUCUCCAUCACAAACAUUGAGCCAAAAGCACACAGGUGAAAGAUGACUGUGACAUUUCACCCCCCCCAACUGCACAGUGCAUUCCUGAACUGGGAAAGAGUGCUCUGAAAAGCAAAACAAACAAUUAAAAACAAAAAAACAAGAAAAUACAAAAAAAAAUACAGAAUCCAUUGAUAAAGCUAACUCUGACUUCUUAACAAUGGCAGAAGUUUACUAUGUGCAGGUACUGUGAAAUGCCCAUCAGUGUUACAGCCAUUUGGUUAUAGCAGUUAAAUGCCAUGUUGGGCAAACUAUGUCGUAGAUUUCUGCUACUCUUCUCUUUUAAUGAAUAACAUGUGACUGUUAACGCAAGUAACUCCUAUUAUUUAUUGUUCAACUUUUGUUUUUCCUAAGGAAAUGACUUCUGCAUAUCAUCCUAUGAGCAGCUCUUCAGAGAAGUACAUUGAAAGUUAUACCUAUUUAACGUGAAAUCCAUUAACUGGAGUAAUUAAAACUCUUUUAUUUUUCCAAUAAAUUCACUGAGUUAAAUAAGAUGGAGCUGGAAUUCUGAACUUUGUGUUUGGGCUGUCUGAUUAGCUGAAAAAAAAGGGGAAUAUUUAUUUAAGUCUCUCAGUUAAUGCGCUGGCUGGGCCUCUGACCUAAGACAGCACCAAACAAAUCCCCCAAGUUCAUAACUUCUAACGCAACUGCAAGAGAAACUCUUAAAAGCCGCACGUUUGUGCACCAUUGCUAUCAACAUGGCUUUGUCAGUAGCUAAUACUUUCUGUGAAGGCACCAGCUUGUGAUGUGCCAUCUCAUUUCACCUUGCAUGUGAGACGGCAAACAAAAUCCACAAACGGUGUGAACUAGUUAAUAUGCCGGCUGUUACCAUGCAUAAAUUAUGGUCUUAUCACACGGGUUUUUCGUGGGAAUAUAUCUGUGAAUAGCCUGUUUUCUUCCACAUGUAAAUUUGUGCCUUACACCCUCAGUUGUGUAUAAUUGUGAGCUGUAGUAUGUAAAACCUUUUUCUUUUCCCCUUUGAAUAACGCAAAUAUUUAUUGAUCCUCCCUCCUCCAAGCCCCCUCAAGAAUUGGAGUAAAGACAUUCAAUUUGAAGAAUGUAGUGGUUAUUGUGAUCACACCAUGUCCCUCAAGAAAUCAGGCUAGUGCCGUACCCUCCGAUUCAGUUUGACUUUCUAGUCGUGCCAAUUCUUCCCUCAAGCCCCCCCGCGAGCCGCGUCGCCGCGGAGGCGCUGCGCCCUGGGUGCCGGUUCUGCCUUCCCGCCUCGCUCUGCCCCCUCACGGCACGGCCGCGGGGCGGUGGGUGUCCCUGGGCAGCAGAGCGGCGACGUGCACCCGCGGCCCCCGGUCCCCUGGCUGGACACGGGCACAGGGCUCGGGCAGCUGGAGCAGGCAGGCGGGCUCCUGCUGCGGCUCCCUGCUGCCCGACAGCCGGCCGGAAGGAUGCUGCAUACACUUCUUUGGGGGAAAUGACUUUUUUUUCCCCUUUUUUUCUUAGGUGUGGCUGUGCAUGUAGCUAGCGUGCGUGUGUGUGUGUGCGUGCGCAGAGGGGGUGUCUGUGUGCGCGUGCAGGUGUGUAAGUUCUUUUCCGGUUUUCGAGUUUAUGCACAAAGCUAGAUUUGUUUUUAAUCUGUUAUAAUAACUGUGUCAACAUACUGUAGAAAAAUGAGGGGGUUUGUUUCUGAGCUUUUUUUUUAUAUAUAUAUCUACUGGACAGUAUGUUCGAGUAAGGUGGUUGUUUUGUUUCAAUUUUUUUUUUUAAUUUUAUACUUCAUUUGUUUUUCAGGGUUUCGGUUUUGUUUCUGAAUGACUGAAAAGAAAGAUCUCAAGUCCGGUAGCUUGUAGAUGGUAUAUAGAAAGUCUGGAUGGUCUAGACCAAAGUGUGUAACAAGGGUGCUUGCAUGUUCUUUCAUUUCAUCAUGGCUUCUUUUAUGAAACAGAUUUGUUCACCCGUAGUGAACUAUGCAGACUGGAAUAGAUAGAUCUGUAUCCAAAGCAAUGUUGCUGUUUUUAAUAAAAACAAACAAAAAAACCCUUUGAAAAUAGUAGGUAGCAAGGUAAUUUUUUUUUUUUUUUGUAAGAGCCAACUUGCAAAACCUUUUUACCGAGCGCCGAACCCCUCGAGUACCAAAUGUGCAGAGCCCGUUGCUAUUACGCAGCAAAGCAUUCUGUCAACAUGCAGAAAUGAAUAAUCACUGCAACAGCUUGUACAGCGAUCUGCCUUUGUAAUACACAGCACGCCGGUCACUGGGCUGACCUUGAAACGCUCAUUUUGUACUCAGUGGGUCUUCCGGUUUAGUCCUUCCCCAGCCCCCGUUCCCCUCCACCCUUCAGUGUGAGGGGCUCAUAAACCUACGUGUGCCUUUGCUUUUCACCCUUGCUAGACACUGGUAGAUACAACAGAUUCGGAUUCUCAUUUGUUGUAAAGUUGUAAAAUAUUGUGAUGUCACCAGUUUCCCUUCAUUUCCAUGUUCCCCCUAACAUCUGAUUCACAACUUAAUGUAUGUUGUAAAAAAAAAAAAAAAAAAAAAAAGAAAGAAAAAAAAAAAGCAAGAAAGGAAAAGAGAGAAGGAAAAGAAAAGGGGAAAGAAAAGCUCUUGAUUACAUAAGGUAAUAAAACCAGACUGUUCUACCUUA